CGGUCGCCGCUGUUGCUGGCUUGUCGGAGCGCCCCUUCGCCCACCGUGAUUCGUGGCUCAUCGAAGGGGAUCUUCGUUCAUCCUCCUCUCCAUCAUCGCGUACGUGAUGUCCGGUCCUUCUUGGCGGCGCUUCUGGAAGAUGGCCUUAGCGCCACGCUUCAACUCAUGCCUAUAAAAACGCCGCACAUCGCCCAUCGUCUACCACAUCUUCCUCUUACAUCCGGCCGAUCGGACACAAGGAGCCCAUUCGACGAUGCUGUGCAAGGUUGCCUUCCUUGGCCUUUUGGCCAUUGCUGCCGCCCAGGUCCAGCUCCAGGAGAAUUACCCUGCCCAGCCAUACACCUUCAGCUACGACUCUACUGGUGAGGACGGUGGCCGCAUCAGCCAGCAGGAGACCGGUGACGAGAGGAACUUCAAGACCGGCAGCUACAGCUACCAGACCCCAGACGGUGUCUACCGUACCGCCAACUACGUCGCUGACGACCAGGGCUUCCGCGUGUCUAUCGACACCAACGAGCCAGGCACCAAGGCUGAGAACCCAGCUGAUGUGACCCUCAACGCCAACCCAAUUGAGGUCCCAGCCACCGCCUACACCUUCGGCAAGUCCAAGAGCUAAAUCACUCGCCUCGUUUCGAUAGCGAGAUAGAGCUGUGUAAAUUAAAACGAGAUUAUUCCCGCCACUGCCGCAACUUCAUCGCUUCCGAUCUGUCUACUCGGUGCUCUUCACACUGCUGACUGCGACUGCAUUAUUUCUAUUCCCUUUUUCCUCUGUUCUCGCGUUUGGACGGUGUAUCACUGCACACAAGACGUGACCUCCUGUUGUGAACCUUCUAACUUCGACUCCGAGCUCCUCCACUCUUCCACUGACUUCUACAGUGCAAACUAUUGUCCUGUCCACUAAACUGGAAACAAAAGAAAAAUAAAGUUGUUAUUUUUUGUUGUUUAGAAA